CGUUCUAUCGCAUAUCUACAUUACACUGAUAGUGGCCUGUUGGUGAUUGCAGUACGUACGUAUGCCUGUUUGAUAUUUACAUCGGGGACUCUGCGCAAGUCCGUGAUCCUGACAUGCGCGAAAGGGGUCAUAUUUCGCCACCCUCAAUAAAUUUUGUGUUUGUGUUAUUUACUAAAUUAAAACAAAAAAUAAAACAUUGUAGCUUUACAUUUUUCUUAUUAAAUUGUUAUCUUAUCUUUAAAAACGUAUUUACAUUUUAAAGAUGUUUUGUUUUUGCACUUUUUUGUAAAUAACCUCAAUGGCAAUGCAGUUGUUUUUAAUAAUUAAGUGUGUGUUGUGGUAAUAGUGACACGCGUACAUUUGUGAAACUAAGUGGUCUUUUUCAGUGUUGCAAUGUUUAUGUAAAUUGUUGUAAUCAUUGACGUUACUGCUGUAAUAAUAAUUGCUAUCGCUCGCUUCUGCACCAAAGAAACCGAAUAAAAUGCGGAUGUUAUCCAGAUGAUGCAGGAACAACUGCCCAGUGCGUAACUGAAUACCUUGAAACAGACAAAUGGGAAUAAGAAAUAAAGGGCGGGACUGGCGGUUCCAAUGGAGCAUGGUGAUGAUAGCGGCGGCCGCGCUGGUGGCAUACAACGCGGUCGCCAACCUUUGGCUGCUGCAUCCUGCUUCCUGCCCCAUUCCACCUACGAGCCCGCCGACAGAGCCUCCCACCUGCGAGCCAUGCUUUGGCAAAGUCUCCAGCGCUGGCGCAGAUUAUGAUCCCAUUUAUGCACUUGACCUAAGGCUAGGCAGGUGGGAUGGCAGUCGUUCAUAUAAAAUAUUUGAUAAUGUAGCAGUUGGGGAGCUGUACUCCGAGAUGUCUACUAGUUACCACGUUUGCCUUGCGACGCAGAGCUCCAUAGAGAGGCUCCACGAACUAUUGAGGAUUGCAGCGCACUGGACUGGACCAAUCUCAGUGGCCGUAUUUGUGGCCGGGGAUGAAAUGAGACUGCUUAGAGCUUUCACUACGUGGUUGUAUAAAUGCCAACCAGAAAUUUAUUCAAGACUAGCUUUACACAUUAUUAUGCCUGCGGCAAAACCAGGGUUCAUUGAAGGGUCACUUCCAAAGUGGGCGAGGGAUUGUGACGUCAUUCCUCUACCCCAUGAGGAACGAAAACCCGAAACCGUGGCUUGGAGAGCGAGGCAUCCAUAUCCUCAGAAUCACAUGAGGAACUUGGCGAGGAAAAAUACCCAUACAUCUUAUGUUUUCUUAGUAGAUAUCGAUAUAGUACCUUCUACAGGGAUGGCAGAAGCCUUAAAUCAGUUUCUCGACAGCUCGCCCAAAUGUCCGCUCUGUGCUUACGUGGUGCCUACAUAUGAGUUGGACCGAAGAGUUGCCAAGUUUCCUGCAAAUAAAUCAGAGCUGGUGAGGCUCUCUAGAAGUAAACUGGCGAUACCAUUCCACAGGAAAGUGUUUAUUUAUAACCAGUUCGCUUCGAACUUUUCACGGUGGGAAGCUAGUGGAGGCAAUGAGAGUGAGCUGACGCACAUCAGUCAUAACGUGACAAACUUCGAGUUGCUGUAUGAGCCGUUCUACUUGGCUUCGGACAUUGUACCAGCUCAUGACGAGAGGUUCCUCGGCUACGGGUUUACAAGAAACUCGCAGGUUUACGAGAUGUUCCUAAUCGGGUACCAGUUCAAAGUGCUAUCCCCGAUCUUCACGAUCCACUGGGGAAUACAGACGAGAAGAAACCGACCGUUGUGGCGGGAAAAACAGAAUGAGAACAAUAGAAAACACUUUGAGACUUUCAAGAAGGAAUUGUUUGCGAGGUAUAGGAAAGACCCUCUUCAUUUGCUUAAAAGACCGCAACAGGCUAAGAAGACCUAGGCAUCGCGAGGCCGUGCUUUCUCUGCCGGCCUCGGACUACUCCCACUUGCAGCAUUAACUUGGACACUCUCCGUUCUUGUGACAGACGAAUGACAGAAGAAUUAGUAUACGUGUAGGUGUUGUCAAGUGACUGUGUGUAUGGAAACAGUGUCAAAUUAAGUGUUGUAGGGUAAUUUUGUAAUAUAACUGAACUAUUCGUGUAAGUAGAAAUCAAAGUAGUUAGCUGAAAUAGAUUUAUACUACGUUGAUAAAUAAAGUAGUUUAAUACACCUAUUUAAAUUCUAUUCUCUAGAUGUAAGUAGACGGUAUUUGCAGGCUAAAAUUGAUUUUGGAUCAGACUGGAUUUUCUGGAAUGAACACAUUCGGUUAUUUGAGUGAUUGUAUUACAUUUUAAAUACGUUUUCACAUAGUGUUCAUUGAUAAUAAUGUACAUAAAGACAAUCCUAAUUAGAAUUUCAAGUGAUGUGGACAGGAUUUAUCUAAAAUCAGAUUUAGUCAGAGGAAUAUAAAUGUACUUGUACACUAUAUUAAUAGUAAUUAUUAUAUUUAAAUCUAUAUUGCUGUUGUAAUCUUAAUUAUGUUUUAUUUUGAAAUAGGUAAUGCACGUUCAAGAAAGUGAGAAUUUGAUAUACAGGAAUGUGAAGAUGUGAGCUCGCCAUUGGCGCUCGCUACUUAUUUAAAAUACCUUCAUUUAUUGUGUUCUUACGAAGAAAAAGGAAGAAGAAUGGUUUCUGAAGUCACAUAAUGGCAACAGUAGAACAUUCAUAAUGAUUGAUCUAUCUUUAAAUUUCAUCGAUAGACAAGUUGUUGUGAAUGUCAAAUACUGAUCAUUGGAUGAUGUUUAAGGACUGAAAACAAGUUAGGUUAGUAGUGAGGAUGUCUGGGAUCAAACCUCUAAAAGGCUCUCGACUAGUAGGCACAAAGGUUGUUUCAUAUCUACUUUAAAAUACUUGCAUUUAAUCAUUGUUGUCUAUGAAUGUGAUACGCGUAACUAUUCAAUGUGAUUGUUAUGUCCAUAAGCACUAGCUUUGUACAUUAAUUUUAAAUAUUUAACGCUUGUGUAGACCAGGCAUUUUUUUACCAGUACAGUGUCUAGUGCGCGGUUAUUUUUACGCUAUUACGAUUCAAACAUUAUCGCGUUAAUGCUCACUGAUUGGUUAGUUAACUUGGAACGGGCCAAUCAGAGCGUUGGACGUCAUAAACGCGUUGAUUGCGGUAACAG